GACCUGCCAAGCCCCGCUGGAGCUGCUCUCCCACUCAGUCCCCAGCAGGCCCGGCGCUCUCUUUCCCCUCGGUGACCCGCCCCCGAGCCCAGAGGAAGGAGCCCCUUUCUCUUCCUCUGAUUCCGUGGGGGUGGGGGGGGAGGAACUACCGCAAAGCCCAGCUGUUCUGGCCUCCUCAGUGCAGGCAGGGCCCCCGGAGAGCGCAGAGGUCCAGUGUGCGGGCCGGCGCUUGGCGGGGUCAGGGAGCAGCUGCCUCCUCUCCUGCCAAGAUGGGGGCCUACACGGCGGCCAGCCCACCGCCCAGGGAAUCCGUGCAGAGAGCCAGUGCCCGCGCGAGGAGCAGGCUGAGCCAGGGCCACAGAGUGGACACGGGGGAGCGCAGCCGUCCGAGGCUGCGGGAAACGCGGAGCCCCCCGCCCGGAGCCCCGGGGCGCGGAGUAGGAGGGGAGGUGGGGAGCCCCGCAGACGGGGCCGCGGGCCCCCAGGAGCGGAGCAUUUCUGCCCGCGCCUAGGGCGCACGUCCGCGAGCCUCGCCCUGGCACGCGGUCACGGGAAAGGGAAAGAAGGGAGAGACGGGGACCCCCUGGGCCCACGGAACGGCCCCCGAGGUGUGGUCGCGGGGCCCGUCCGCGGAGGGGACGACGUCUCGGCCGCGUCCCGGGAGGCGCGGGGGCCCCGGCGCGGGCAUCCCUCGCGCCUCCGCUCGUGCCUCCCCGCAGGUGCCAUGCUGCCGCCGCUGCUGGGCCUGCUGGGCGCCGCCGCCUGCUGGGCCCUGCGCCCGGCCGCGGGCGCCGCGGGGCCGCGCUCGGCCUUCUCGGCGGCGCGCACCACCGCCCUGGAGGGCGCGGCGCAGACGGCGGUGACCUUCGACAGGGUGUACGUGAACGUGGGCGGCGACUUCGACCCGGCCAGCGGCCGCUUCCGCUGCCGCGUGCCCGGCGCCUACUUCUUCUCCUUCACGGCCGGCAAGGCCCCGCACCAGCGCCUGUCGGUGAUGCUGGUGCGCAACCGCGACGAGGUGCAGGCGCUGGCCUUCGACGAGCAGCGGCGGCCCGGCGCGCGGCGCGCGGCCAGCCAGAGCGCCCUGCUGCAGCUGGCCUACGGCGACGCGGUGUGGCUGCGGCUGCCCGGCGCCCCCGGCUACGCGCUCGGCGCGCCCGGCGCCACCUUCAGCGGGCUGCUGGUGUGCGCCGCCGGCCCCGCCCCCGCCGCGGGCCCCGCCGCGCCCCCCGAGCCGCGCUCGGCCUUCUCGGCGGCGCGCACGCGCAGCCUGCUGGGCUCCGACGCCGGCCCGGGCCCGCGGCGCCGGCCGCUCGCCUUCGACACGGAGCUCGUCAACAUCGGCGGCGACUUCGACGCGGCGGCGGGCGUGUUCCGCUGCCGCCUGCCCGGCGCCUACUUCUUCUCCUUCACGCUGGGCAAGCUGCCGCGCAAGACGCUGUCGGUGCAGCUGGUGAAGAACGGCGGCGAGGUGCAGGCGGCGGUCUACGACGACGGCGCGUCGCGGCGGCGCGCGGUGCAGAGCCAGAGCGUGAUGCUGGCGCUGCGGCGCGGGGACGCCGUCUGGCUGCUCAGCCGCGACCGCGCCGGCUACGGCGCCUACAGCAACCCCGGCCGGUACAUCACCUUCUCCGGCUUCCUGGUGUACCCCGACCUCGGGCCCGCGCCGCUCUGAGCGCGCCCAAUAAAGCGGGCUGCGCCGGCGCCUGGCUGCGGGGUCCCGCGCUUCGUCUCGGGCGGGGCGGCAGCUGGGCGGGACCCGACCGGCCCGGCCCCGCCGCGGGCCGCCCCCGCUUCCCGCGCCCUUCCGGCCGGUCCCCGAGACCGGGCCGCGCUGGCCCGCGGCGUCGUUCCGGGGGCCCGG